CAUGAGGUUCAGGUUCUGAGAUGUCUUGGGAGGAGUGUUGGGCUGCAGUUUGAAACCCUAUACCUGAUCUGGAAUAGCUCUGCAGCAUAUCAUUAUAGCACCAGAUGCCAUAUAUCAUUAUAUAACACUGACCCAUGUGAGAAAGACAACCAGGCAAAGAAUUUUUGCCACGAACCUGGAGAUGCUGAGGGGCAUGCUGCUUGAGAAUGGGUUACAAACUUUUGUAGCCCUUGCCUGUGGCCUGGUGGCAGCUGUGGCGAUUUGGAAAUGGGUAGUGCACAGAGGUGUCCAGAGGAAGAUGGAAGAGGCCAGGCAGUGGCGAGACAGAAGUCAGAAGCAGAUGGAAAGGGUGGUGUUGAAGUUCAAGCAGAAGAACCCCGGAGUUCAAAUGGAAAGUAUUCUCUCCCUACCUCUAGUGAAACUAGCAGAGAAACUGCAGCAUGAGUCUCUUUCUCCAGAGAGUGUCCUGUAUGCUUAUAUAAGUCAGGCUCUAAAAGUGACUCAGGAGGUGAACUGUGUGACGGAUUUCAUUCAUGGAUGUGAACAGCAGCUUCAGGACAUCAAGAAACAAAAGAAGGGCUUGCUAUACGGGAUUCCUGUCAGCAUUAAGGACCACAUGGGAUGCAAGGGCCACAUCUCCACAUGCGGCUUGAUGUAUUACCUGGGCGAAGAGGAAGAGAGUGACAGUGUGAUAGUGAAGGUUUUGAAGAAGCAGGGGGCAAUCCCAUUUGUGAAGACCAAUACCUCCCAGAGCAUGAUAAACAUUGACUGCAGCAACCCAAUCUUUGGUCGAACACUGAACCCCCUGAACCACAAGAAAAGCCCUGGUGGCUCCUCUGGAGGAGAAGGGGCCCUUAUUGCUGGAGGAGGGUCCAUCCUAGGCAUUGGAAGUGAUGUUGCUGGGAGCAUCCGCCUGCCAUCCAGCUUCUGUGGGCUGUGUGGGCUCAAACCAACAGAAAAACGACUGAGCCUCCUUGGCCUUGCUAGCCCUAUAAGUGGCAUGAAGUCAGUUACACUAAUGAUUGGCCCCAUGGCAAGAGAUGUGGACAGCCUAGUUCUGUGUAUGAAGGCUCUUUUGUGUGAUGAGAUGUUUCAUCUGGACCCAUCUGUGCCACCCAUACCAUUCAAUGAAGAGCUUUACAACAAUUCAAAACCCCUUCGGAUUGGAUAUUAUGAAGAUGAUGGAUAUUUUCAGCCAUCUCCCAGCAUGAGGAGAGCCGUUCAGGAAACAAAACAUCUCCUCCAGGCAGCAGGACACGUGCUUAUUCCCUUUGUUCCUCCACGCCAUGACUAUGCAGUAGAUGAACUCUUCACCAGAGGCAUUUUUUCAGAUGGCGUUGCAAAUUUACUGGACAAGUUCAAAGGAGACAUUGUUGAUCCGUAUCUGAAAUCCCAAAUCAACUGUUAUAGCAUUCCAAUUCUUGUGAAGAGGAUUUUGGCAUUCAUCCUGAAGCCUGUGUACCCGCGGAUUGCCAGAGAUCUCAAUGCAUUAUGUGGAGUUGGGUCAGCAAAAAAUCUGUGGACUCACCAUGCGGCUGUGGAGGCUUAUCGUGCAGAAUUUAUUGCUGAAUGGAGGAAGCUGAAACUCGAUGUCAUCCUCUGCCCUGUUUUGGGCCCAGCUUUUAAUGAGGGCUACCCUGGGAAAUUGUUUGCUGCUACAUCCUACACCAAUUUAUACAAUGUCUUGAACUUUCCUGCUGGGAUCGUGCCUGUCAGCACUGUUACACCAGCUGAUGAUGAAGAACUUAAAUACUACAGAGGACACUAUGGAGAUCCUUGGGACAAGCGAUUUAAAGAGGCUGUUGAAGGUGCUGUUGGACUCCCAGUAUGCAUCCAGUGUGUGGCUUUGUCUUGGCAAGAGGAGUUGUGCCUUCGGUUCAUGAAGGAGGUGGAAACUCUUGUCCACAAGAGGGGAACAAAAAUAUGAUCCGUUGUGUCGAAACAUACCAACAAUACAAACAUGAGAAACAAAACAGCUUGGUGCUAGAAGAACUAGAGCAUUCAUGUGCAAUUUAAGAAAAAGUGAUUACUUAUUAAA